GCGGGGAAGGAAAGGCGUUUACUCUGGAGACUUUCGAGGAGAAAGGGCUAUUCGCGAGUGUUUGUGUACUGUGGGACGGAAAGUGGAGUUUUAUUUGAUAAUCGUUCCUUUUUUUGCACGAUCAUAUUCCUUUCUUUCAUCUGUUUUACCUUGAAUUUGAAAGCCAAUUGUCAGUCGAGUUGCAACAAUGCCUGUGUUUCACACGAAAACGAUAGAAAGUAUCCUGGAGCCAGUGGCUCAACAAAUUUCUCAUCUUGUGAUUAUGCAUGAAGAGGGUGAAGUCGAUGGGAAAGCAAUACCUGACCUUACCGGUCCCGUUGCUGCAGUACAGGCAGCUGUCAGCAAUCUGGUCAGGGUUGGGAAAGAGACAGUACAGACAACUGAAGAUCAGGUCAUGAAGAGAGAUAUGCCACCAGCUUUCAUUAAGGUUGAAAAUGCCUGCACUAAAUUGAUCCAGGCUGCACAGAUGCUGAAGGACAAUCCAUAUGCUGUACCUGCACGUGAUUACCUCAUUGAUGGUUCCAGAGGUAUUCUUUCUGGAACUUCAGACUUACUGUUGACAUUUGAUGAAGCGGAGGUUCGUAAAAUCAUCCGUGUCUGCAAAGGUAUCUUGGAAUAUCUCACAGUAGCAGAAGUGGUCGAAACUAUGGAGGAUUUGGUGACCUACACCAAAAAUUUGGGUCCAGGAAUGACUAAAAUGGCUAAGAUGAUAGAUGAAAGACAACAGGAAUUGACCCAUCAAGAGCACAGGGUUAUGCUGGUAAAUUCCAUGAACACAGUGAAAGAACUUCUUCCUGUACUGAUUUCAGCUAUUAAGAUUUUUGUGACGACAAAGCAGUUCAAAAGCCAAGGAGUGGAAGAAGCUCUCAAGAACCGUAAUUUCACUGUGGAAAAGAUGAGUACCGAAAUCAAUGAAAUCAUUCGUGUUCUGCAGCUAACAUCUUGGGAUGAAGAUGCUUGGGCUAGCAAGGAUACAGAAACUAUGAGAAGAGCUUUAGCUAUGAUUGACUCAAAGAUGGACCAGGCCAAGAGCUGGCUAAGUGAUCCUAAUGCACCUCCAGGUGAUGCUGGGGAGCAGGCUAUCAAACAAAUACUGGAUGAAGCUGGCAAAGUUGGAGAACUUUGUGCAGGCAAAGAACGAAGGGAAAUUCUAGGCACUACGAAAGCUUUAGGCCAGUUGACUGACCAAGUAUCUGAACUCCGAGCCAGAGGUCAAGGGGCUACACCUAUUGCCAUGCAAAAAGCACAGCAAGUAUCCCAAGGACUCGAUAUGUUAACAGCCAAGGUGGAGAAUGCAGCCAGGAAGCUGGAGGCAAUGACUAAUUCAAAACAGGCUAUUGCCAAAAAAAUAGAUGCUGCUCAGAGCUGGUUGGCAGAUCCACAUGGAGGCCCUGAAGGAGAAGAGCACAUCCGUGGUAUUUUAACAGAAGCUAAGAGAAUUGCAGAUCUUUGUGAAGACCCCAAAGAACGAGAUGAUAUACUACGUUCGAUUAAUGAAAUAGGAGCAUUGACAGCCAAGCUGUCUGACCUGAAAAGGCAAGGUAAAGGUGAUACCCCAGAAGCACGUGCUUUGGCAAAGCAAAUUGCAACCACACUACAGAACUUACAGACCAAGGCAAACCGAGCAGUGGCCAAUAGUAGGCCUGUAAAAGCAGCAGUCAAUUUGGAAGGCAAAAUAGAGCAAGCCCAGCGCUGGAUUGAUAAUCCUACAGUUGAUGGGCGUGGUGUGGUGCUACGGUUUGUUUGUAAGAAGGACAAUUUUAAAGUAGCAGCAGGAAAAAUCACUGAGCUCCAGAUGGAUCUAAAAGGCAAAAUGCAAGAAGUCAUGACCCAGGAAGUAUCUGAUGUUUUUAGUGACACUACCACUCCAAUUAAGUUGCUUGCUGUAGCAGCCACAGCUCCACCAGAUGCACCAAACAGAGAAGAGGUGUUCGAAGAGAGGGCAGCAUAUUUUGAGAACCAUGCUGCCAGACUUGGUGCCACGGCAGAGAAAGCUGCUGCUGUUGGGGCUGCAAAUAAAAGCACCGUAGAAGGUAUACAGACAGCUGUGAAAUCUGCCCGGGAGUUAACACCACAGGUGGUUUCAGCUGCUCGCAUCUUGUUGAGAAAUCCUGGUAACCAAGCAGCAAAUGAACAUUUUGAAACCAUGAAAAACCAGUGGAUUGAUAAUGUUGAGAAAAUGACAGGUUUGGUGGAUGAAGCGAUUGACACCAGGUCUCUUCUGGAUGCCUCUGAGGAAGCUAUCAAGAAAGACAUAGACAAGUGCAAGGUAGCCAUGGCUAACGUACAGCCCCAAAUGCUGGUUGCUGGAGCAACAAGCAUUGCCCGUCGUGCAAACCGAAUUCUUUUGGUUGCUAAGAGAGAAGUCGAAAAUUCAGAAGACCCAAAAUUCCGUGAAUCAGUGAAAGCAGCAUCUGAUGAUCUCAGCAAGACUAUCUCUCCUAUGGUAAUGGAUGCUAAAGCUGUUGCUGGGAACAUUUCAGAUCCUGGUUUGCAGAAAAGUUUCUUGGAUUCAGGAUAUCGAAUUUUAGGUGCUGUAGCUAAAGUUAGAGAAGCCUUCCAACCUCAAGAACCAGAAUUUCCUCCUCCUCCACCUGAUCUUGAUCAACUUCAUUUGAAUGAUGAACCUGCUCCUCCCAAACCACCACUUCCUGAGGGUCAAGUUCCUCCACCAAGACCACCUCCCCCUGAGGAAAAAGAUGAAGAAUUCCCUGAAAUGAAAGCUGGAGAAGUAGUCAAUCAGCCUAUGAUGGAGUCUGCUAGGCAGUUGCACGAUGAAGCCAGAAAGUGGUCUAGCAAGCCUGAUGUGACUGAUGAGGCAAGUGAAGCAAUUGAGGCUGAUGUAGAUGUGUAUGAUGGUGAUGAUGAUGAUGAUGAUGACGAUGAUGUUGAGUUGACUCUUCCCUCUGAUAAUGAAGAUGAGUACGAACCUGAGCUACUUUUAAUGCCUCCAAAUCAGCCAGUUAACCAGCCAAUUCUGGCUGCGGCUCAAUCUUUGCACCGAGAAGCAAGAAAAUGGUCUAGUAAGGGUAAUGACAUUAUUGGUGCUGCGAAGAGGAUGGCUUUGUUGAUGGCAGAAAUGUCACGACUGGUGCGUGGUGGUAGUGGAAACAAACGUGCCCUCAUUCACUGUGCUAAAGACAUAGCUAAGGCAUCUGACGAAGUGACACGAUUGGCAAAGGAAGUUGCUAAACAAUGUACUGAUAAGCGAAUCAGGACUAACCUUCUUCAGGUGUGUGAACGCAUCCCAACUAUCAGUACGCAACUUAAAAUUCUUUCUACUGUGAAAGCUACAAUGUUGGGACGCACUAAUAUUAGUGAAGAGGAGUCUGAGCAGGCUACGGAAAUGUUGGUUCAUAAUGCUCAGAACCUGAUGCAGUCUGUUAAGGAAACUGUACGAGAAGCAGAGGCAGCUUCCAUUAAGAUCAGAACAGAUGCAGGAUUCACCCUCCGUUGGGUUCGGAAAACUCCAUGGUACCAAUAAAACCGAAAGGAUUUCCUUGUCUUUGCCAUCUUGGUGCAUUAAGGGAGAAUUUCAUAUGAAAGAACAAAUGUUCUUCAUCCAAUUGGAGUGUAAGAGGAAUCAAAAUGGCAAUAUAUUUUAGUGUUAACAAUUCUAAUCUACAGUUUUCACUUGUAACAAAACCUCCUGAAAGUUAACAGUAUAUUCAUUUAGUGUAUGCAAUAUUAAUUUGAAUUAUGCAAUGAUUAGCUGCAUAUUGAAACUUGCUCUAUUUUCACUUGUUUUCCUGAAAUCUCACAAUAAGAACUGUGAGAUUCCUAUUCCUAAUUUAUCCCUGUUAAACAGAAUCAAUCAUACAUUUAAUAGAACAGACACAGUGAAGCUCUUGCUUGUUCAUGUCCUGCCAUUUCCACAUAUACAGAACUGCUAUCCGUCAAUAGACAAAAUGUGUGGCUUUAACCUAUAACCAGCUUAAUAUAUACUAAAAGUUUUUUUUCUUCGAAUGGGGUAUGGCACAUUUUGGGGAACCAUAUGUCUGGGAGCCAUAUGGCUGAUAUAUCUUGACUCUGAAGCUCAUCAUUGUGUUCAGUACUGUUACACAGAUACUUUGUGCUUGCUGUGGCCAAGCUGUGCUAUGGCAGCGUACGUGCUUAGUUACUUAUUAAGUUUGUUUAUUUGCUGUUUUUUCGGUCCCUGAUCAUUAAUUCAGUUUUAAGCCAAAGACACUCUGUUAAAUGACUUGAUGACUGGCAUAGUUUGAGAGAUGCACUACUAAUCAUGGAACAUUGUCUAUUAAGUCAUAUGCAUUUGGCCUGAUGGAUAUUGAAUACAAGUAAUUGAAAAGUGCACAUAUGAAUAUAAAAUUGAUUUGCUGAAAUUCUAAUAUAGUGCACAGUCUUUAAGCAUGUUUUGAAUACUUGUGAAUGAAGUACUGAAGGGAUUAUUAGUUUUUACUAACUAAAUCACAUUGUUUAAAGUCUGGACCGAAUCUAAAAUGGUAUGAUGAUUGACAGCUUAAAAUUUGCUUUGUUCGUCAAAUGAUGAGGAAAUGACUUUUUGCAUUCUGUGAUUUAAUGAGGUGUCAAUUGGAUGCAUAAGUGUUUAAAAUGCUGUUUAUGAACUACAAAAAGUCAACUUGGAUUGGUUUGUUUCUGUGAAAAUAAAUGAAUGCAUGUUAAUCAUUGCCAGAGAAAUUGGUUGUUCACAGUAUUUUGAAUACAUUUAGCCUUUUUUGAAAUAUCAAACUAUUUGCUCAAAUUUCAGUGUGUGGGUACUUUUAAUCUGAAAUGUACACAAUUGUUUCACAGUAUGUUUAAUUUUGCAGUUGUGCAUAAUUUCCAUGGGGAUCUGAAGGAUCAGGUGUUUCCAAAUGAACAGAUUUGACUAUGUUUUGUAUAUUGCCCUGAGGUCCUCAUGUACAAUUGUUCAAAAUGUGUAUUUUUUCCAUAGGAUAAGUAUUAUAAUAUUCAACUAGUUAUAAACCUUCACAAUAUCUGUUCCCUGCAUUUAAGUGAUUUCAGUAAUUGUUUUAAAAAAAACAGUAUUUAUUGAAAUGUAUUUUCCAAAAUGUCCUAUGCAGACUAGUUUUAAAAAUGUUGCAAAUCUAAGAUUGAGUUGAAGAAAUAGAAAACAUGGAGGAUAAUUAAGCAAUUAUUUUGUGGCAUUUGACUUGUUUUAAAUAAUAUUAUCUGCAUUUUUAUUAAAAUUGGCAGUUACAUCUAUCAUGAAAAUUUCACGCUUAUGCAAGUUGUGGCCUUAGUUCGCCAAACACAUUUUUCAAAAAAAGGAAAAUGGAAAAUAAAAACAAUGAAAAAUGAAA